UCGUCGAGGUUCGAGCCUCUCAGUCGUGCCGAGAACCCGCUUCGUUGCGGGAUCACCUCCUCUCUCGGUGAGCUUACCUUUGGCAUUCGUGUUCGCGAACACUUUCGUCGCGACAACAACCGCUCUGACCGACCGAUCGCGCGGUCCUCGAUAGCUCGCUGGACUCGUGAAUCUCUGGAAACCUCGUGUUCCCUCGUUGCAUCGUUCGAUUACGAUCGCCGAUAAACACGGUUUCGAUUUCGUUCCGCGAGACCCAUCGCUCGACGAGAUGUUGGAAAUCCCGGGGACAGGUUCGACUCGCGUAAUUUGACGUGACUUUCGAUCGAACCGUAUCUGCCGUUCGUUCGUACCAACGAACCAGAGACUGUGCAGCGGCGUGGAAAGCGCGCCUGUUACCAAAACAGAGCGUAGUGACCUGGAGUUCGUUAGGUGGGAACUCGACUGUGGCGAUUUCGCGGAUCCGCGCCUCUCUGUUCCGGGUUAACGAAGACCGCCUGGCAAAGCGGUAGAUAAAGCUAGCGGGAAUCUUGCGCGACCUUUUUUCGACGGACGAGGAGCGAGCGUGGAAGAGAAAAAGUGACCGAUCGAUCCCGGUAAUAAGGGAACUUUGCGUUGGGAGCGGUAGCGGCCCGGAGGGACGGUGGUGAAUCCGUGGAAAAAGGAUCUCGCCACCCUAAGGAGAAGAAAGUGGACGACCCUUCUUGGAGCUCGCGCUCCUUCCCCGUCUGCGAAACUCUUUUGAGGAGAAAGAACGAUCCUCUCGGGAAACCGCUGAAGCGCAUCGGAGAACCGUAAGAGACCGUUGUCGAAGAGACCGGGAGCGUCGAAGAGCAAACGAGUAGCUUUGCCUUUCUUCUUUCCCUUUUACCUUUAAGGGAUCAAAUCGCCUCUUCGUCCGUCGCCGUCGCCGAUCUCUCACGAUUUUCGUCCUCGCUCGCAGCCGAUCGCGGGGCCCGUCGAACGGUGAAUUCGAUCGAUCCAGUUCGGAUCGUUGAGAUUUCGACGUACAACUCGCACGACAUUCGAGGCACGGCGUACGGAGCGUACAGUGGGUAAUUAAAGAUACGAUUAAUGGCCCGACAAUUAAAUAUAAUUAACUCGAGCGACAGGAUACGCGGUGUUUGGCUGCCAAUUAGCGCAUUAGCGCCUUAUCGAACAUCGACCGAUCGUCUGGCCACGUUGCAUCCUCUCGACGCAAUAAAAUCGCCGUAGUCGACGGACCAGCCUAGAGUUAGACGAACGAGCAAGAAAAGAGGGAAGGGAUUGGCGAGAGGUUGCGAGAUCUCCUUUCGAUCAGCGGAUCCAGUAGAACGACGAUCGAGCUACCGCGUAACGAGGAACGAUUAACCGCUGCACGCGUUUCUCUCGACCGUUGUCCCAUGUACGAGCAACGACGAUUCGUACGACCGUCGACAACCAACCUGGAAAUCGUCGAGCCAAGAUAGAAAUCCUCGAGAAUGAAACGCGUCUGAUCCGCUGUGCGAAGUCGGCGUGGGUUUCCUGUUCCGAGACGAGGAUGAAAGGAACGCGAUGAGAAUAGCGGAACGAGUUACGGGAAGACCUUGAAUCUUGGAGAAGUUCAAAGUGAAGGAACGAAGAGACACUUUCGGGAAACUAGCCGGAUUACAUGGUCGAGAAUAGAGGGAAGGGAUCCCGCUGUCCGUCGCUGGUUUUCCGUGGAAACGUCGUCAACCCUGAACUUGACGGUCGCAUGCACGUUGCUCACCGAACGACACGUCGCGAGAUCCCAUAGAGUACGGACGAAAAUCAGCCAAGGGGAAAAGUGGACACGCCAACUGUCACAGCGAAGAAUGCUGGCAGCGCAGUCGUGACAAACGGGGCUUCCGUCCAGGAUCGAAAGUUUGGCCGGGCACCGUUUAUUCUACUGUUACGGGCUGUUUAGCCGAAUCAAUCUCCCGGCAGCACGUGGUUCCACCGACGCCUCUCACCCCCUCCACCCCCUGCUCCGGUCUCUGGCCGGGGGAGGAAAUAAUUAAAAGUUAGUGUUUACCAAACGAAAGCAAUCGGUUGCCCAUCAACGGUAACAACUGGAUUCAAUUAUAAAACUAAACGCGCCACCGCUGCCGCUAGCAUCGCCGCAUGCUCCACCCCCGUCUGCUGACCGAAUCGAAGGAAACUGAACGACGCGACGAAUCGACGGAUAUUUCCAUUACUGCAGGAGCCCCCGCGGAAGUACCCCGACACGGAGAGUCCUGUCAUUGAACCCGGUGAGCGGCUCGUCGGAGCAUUGUGUCAGUCCGUCGACACGAAACAACCCCCGUGAAGGCAGCACGGGACGGUGGAGGGCACCACGGUGCAGGCUCGUAGCAAAGGGCGUACCACGUAAAACCACGGAGAGAAGCUGGACUCGUUGCGUGCACCCUCCUGCCUGCGUGGUGCAGCUUCUUUUUUUCCAGGCCGAGUCACCGUUGUGUUCACGCUGUAAAAGGACGACACCGGUUUCCAUCCUUGUCCGGUGUAGCAUCGUCACUGCACCCCUUGGCGAUCUCGCUUUCACCCUCGUGAAAGGAGUCUGCCACGCAGAAUACGAAGAAAGAAGAGUCGUGGCCCGAAGGAGUGGGGGGUUGGUAGCGCAACGCGACGAGAGUAGGGAGACCCAGGCAUCGGAUGGGGGUAGCUGGCAACGUGGUAGAGGAAGCUUUCGGUGGGAACGGUGGGGGCAGAAACGAAACGAAGCCUCCGAGCGGUCGGGCGAAACGGCGAGCAACAGUGUGCCGCGCGCCGCUGACAAGCGAGCGUAGUCGUUGAGAAUUUAGUGCGAGAGGUAGCGCGAAAGAUAGCGCGUGUCUUGACGAGUUGGAAGGUGUUGCAGGGUGGUGAGACUGGCGUGCAGGAACGUUUCGUGUUCGGUCACGCGGGUGCGUUCGAGCUUCCAUGAACACAUGUUCCGCAGCAACGUCGGAAGCGCAAGGAGACAGCUGACACCGGAGGAUACGAGCUCGAUCGUGCCCGUGGAAGUCUUCGACUUGUGCGAAACGGUGUGAGGUUUCCCAUGGUGGGUUUCGUGCGUAUGCAUACUCGACGUGUCUACGAGUGAGAGAAGGGAAUGAUCGACAGUGCGAGGAAUAAUAGUGUAACGUUGUCGACGACGGUGGUUCCGGUUGAUCAUCGUGUUCGUUGACAGCGUAUGGCUCGCGAUCGCUCGACCCCGUUGCUUCGUCUACCGUGCAGAUCCGUAACGACGCUUCGGCACAAAGAGCCGCCGUUCGGUAACUUUUCCGCAAACGGAACGAGCGCACGAUCGACGAGCAGGGACGGUCGUCGACGGAUCUCGAGGAAAGUGAUCGUUACCGUUGAGACACGCUUACGGUGCUUCAGUGAUUCGUGAGAGCAAGCGACAGAGUGAUCGAAAUUGGCGCACCGGAUAUAUCAUUUUGCGAGUAAAGAAAGAUCGUUGUGUUUGCUGUGAUACGAGUGGUGCGCGGGGAAGCAAGCUACGAGAAGAAGGGUGUCCGUAUUUUCGAAGGAAAUGCGCUGCUAGCAAAUCGGCAAGGUGUCGCCCGAAUUUUUGAGCACGCUGAGGUGGAGGAUGGAGGAGCUGGAAACGCUGGAGAGCACGGAGUGCCCUGAGUGCCCCGGGCCACCCCCCGAGUUCCGGUUGCCGCCACCCCCUCGGCCACCCUUCCUCACCGACGGCACCUUUUGCUCGGAGGAGCCCCUCACCGAGAUCGAAGAUUGCGUCGCCAUUCCGAUGAUCGAUGCAUCCUACCACACGAAUCCAUCGCUACAAAGCACUGCCCUAAUCAUCACCUGCGCGGUGGUGCUCCUCCUGAUGGCAGCGAUCGUGUCCGUCGUUUUCUGGAAACACAAGCGGAAAGUGCAGAACCUGUUACCGUGCAAGAGCGCAGCAGGAGCAGCAGCGGCCGCAGCCGCAGCCGCGGCCGGUGGUCGGAGUCGAGUGCUGGCUGACGGACAGUCACACGGUGGAACCGGCAGUGCGGGUGGCGCGGUGCUGUACGAGGACCUGCCGGAAGCGGUGACGCACUCGCAGCUGCAUCACAGACAGAAUCACCUGCCCAGCCAUCACCCUAGCCAGGCGCCCACGAUCGAGAUGUUGGACGUGAAGGACACCAACAGAGGCGUGUUCGUGUGUAGCAGUCCUGGGCCUGAUCCGUACACGUCGCAGGACCUCUACAAUCCUGUUUACGAGGAGCUCAGUAACGGGGACCAUCCAGAAACGGACGAGGAGAGCGAGCUGAACGCACGGAAUCGUCUUCAUCAUCAUCACCGCCAUCAUCAUCGACCCUCGUCGUCGAAACCGGCGAGCGAGGACGAGUUCGCCGAGGACGAGCUUUCCGUGGGUGAACCGUCCGAGGCGAGGAUGCUCACUUCGACGGGUCCAGCCUGGGGCACCUGUCCGGCUGGUGGCAGGCCACCGCGAGAAAGACGAGGAAGGAGCCCCAGAAGUCUGGACAGGCAUAGGAGAGACAAGAAUCACGAUGUUGGAGAGUUCCACGAGGGGAUGCUGCUGGACGCGUUACUGCAGCUCUACCCUAGCGUCGCGGGUGUAGCUGGCAACCGAUCGAAUAGCAAUCAACGACAACAGUCCGUCCCAUCGGUGGCCCAUAGGUUACCAUAUUUCGUGCCACCGAUGCCAGCGACGCAGGCCCUCAGGGUUGAGGAGAACCCGUACGAGAGUGUACCGGUGCUCGGCCCUCUCCACCACUAUUCGAGCCAAAGCAGAAGCAACAAGGAGAGGUCUCGCAAGUCAAACGACAAGUACAAGUACUCGGCGCAAUACGGCGCCGAAUAUUACGGACCACAAAACCAGGACACCGCUGCCGUAUACACGCAAGUAGGUGGCGAAUACUCGGACACCUACUCGCAACCCACAGACCGUCUAUAUAACGACGAUAAGUACACGCAGCCGGUGUACUAUGCGGCACGCGACAGCAACCAGAUAUCCUCCGGUAGGCUGUACCAAGGUCAACCGGACAGUAGUUUCGGCAGCGACAGUGGUUACAGUCAUCAUACUUCCGGUACCACCGGAACUACCGGCACGCGCAGCAGUAAUUCAAGGACGAAUCAUAGGAAGGACAAGCAUCGAAAUUCUCAUCAUUCGCAUCAUUCCGCGGACUACAUCGUGUCUUAAUGUACGUGAAACGAAAGGCAAAGAGGAAGAAGUCUGCGAAAAAGAAGAAGAAGUAGAGACAAAAAAAAAAGGAAACUUAGAUGGUAGUUCGAUCGUCCGAUCGAAACAAGCUUGUAACACUUCUCUAAAAGGUAGUGACCUUGUGUUUUCUUUCGCGUAUUUAUUUUGUAAAUUGUUUUUUUCUUUUUGUUGUUUUUACUAUGAACGAGAGUAUUUUAUUUUUCAUACACGAGACGGCGUGUCAUCUUUUUGUUUCUUUUUUCGUUGUUGCUCGUGAUAUAGAAUGUAUUUUAAUAUUUUAAGAGACGUAUCGUUGAGUAUCCUAAGAAGUACUUUAAUAUUUUUGGUCUAUUGUUGGUCUGUCCUUUGAUUUUUGGAAGUACAUGGAAGAACUUUCGCACAACACGGAGGAGAUAUCAGCAGAGCAAUAGCCGGAGACUAUAUAAACGCGACGAUCAUAUUAUAGGAAACAGAACACUAACGGAAACAGUGAUCUCUUAGUGAUUUAGUAAGACUAUUUAACAAAUUAUUUGUAAUCUAAUGAGACUCAGGCUGGUACCAAAGCUACUAAGUAACUUCGACUUUUUAGCCUUCUAGUUUGUAAUUUAUACGAAAGUAGAGAUGAUUUUUAACAUUGACGAAUUUCGUGCGAGACGUGCGACUACCAUCUGACGAUUCUGCAAAUUAGAAUCGAAGAAAGAAACAAGGCGAGUGAUCCGAUUUACUGCCGAAUCGCAAUAUCGAUAUAUAAUACCGCGAACACUGCCCCCCGAUUAAAGGGAUCAGCCACAACUGGUUUCAUACGACUAAUUUGAUACGACGCGUUAGUAGUAUAAUUCGUCCCACGCGGGCACCUCCACACACAUAACAUCGCAUCAGAUUGUAAAAUAGCAUCUAACCAACACUUUCAAACGCGCACUUAGAGAGAAACAAAAGACUCGUAACGAGUGUCGUAGCCAUACACGCACACUACAGUAGAUUCACCAGAGUAACGUUAAACAUUUAAGCGUACACUUAAUCGAGUUGCAAUUUUCCUUCGUCAAUUACCAAGUUACGAUUAUAAGUCGUACACCGGACAGUGUGAAACGCAGAAACGCGUGGGCUUUUUGAACUCGGACGAUCAAAGGGAGCACCUACUUUCGCAAUGCCUGUACGAGGUCGCGACGCGUACUUGAUCAGAAGGACCAUUGGGAAGAAAAAGAAAGAGAAAUAGAAAGAAAUAACGAGAGGUGGGUUUCGCGGAAGCCUUGAUGCUUCUGCACAGAGAAUAUAUAGUGUUCCUUCUGCAAGCCCUUUCUAGCUCGUCCUACAUUCUCAAAGCCGAAUCCCGCGACGAAAGAUAAUCUGCAAGCCCAGAGACAACGGUUCGUCGUGUGUCGCGAUGUAUCCUUCUACGACGGAUCAAACUGUGGUAGCCGGUCGUCUUUUGCAUAUAGAUGUAAAAGGAUUCUUUUCAUGAAACCGAAAUCGUAUUUGAGGAAGCGCGCUCGCGGAAGGAACGAAAGAAUACGCGCCGAGCUACGUUAAUAAUAUUCUCCCUAGACUUGAUCUCCUUUUGCUCUUUCCCCGUCAUAAGAUUAUUAUUUUUCCUUUCGUAAUUUCUUAUUAACGUUGGUUCGCGCGUCUUCUAGAUUAUACACGCGUAUCAGAAUUGAGGCUCUUAACUGCCGGUAGUCGCACGAUUUUCCGCUCGCGAUGCACCUCGAUCACGCUGACAGAGAGACAGACCAAGGUGAGACGGAUAACCAAGGAACAGUGUUCUUAUUAAGCUGUACAGGCACACGCUGGUACAUAUGCAUAUAUACAGAGAAGCAAGCAUAGGUAUACAUACUAUAGGUGUAAGACAAACGAAUAAACUAUUCGCGAAUGACCCCGUGUAAAUACUAUAUGCGAGAAGCAAAGGGAGAUGGAGAGAGAAAAUAAAAGAGAGAAGCGUCCGGAUCAGUCCGGUGUAGCAUAGCUGUAUCAUAUCGUUAUCAAACUUUCUCACGUGUGUGUGCGUGUGUGACGUGUAUGUGUGGCCGAACGGCGAGCAAAAUAUAGAAGAAGAAGAACGAAGAUCGUAGAGAGAAUCGAUUUAAUAUAUAAAAAUAUAUAAUUUUUAAAUUAUUUAUAACGAGGAGUGCGUCGUAUAUUGCCGAGGACGAGUUGCACGAGUACAAGGUGACAUAAGAGUGAGCCGGCAAAAUGCGAGAGCAAAGAGAGAAAGAACGAGAUGAAACAAUGACGGAAGUAAGCGGUUCUUUUAGAUUCUCGCCAAUCUCCCUUCUGCUUCUUGAUACUGUACACUCUUUAGAUGCAUGUAGGGCGAAUACCUCACGACAAAAAAGAAAAA